GACAGUUGCUGCUUGCGCUUGGUACAGUGAGCGGACUUCACUGCGCGUCCGAUUUGACAAGCAGGAGGAUGGCUGACGUCCAAAUCAAGCAGUAAAACAUGGAAGUAACAAAUCUUUUUUUUUUUUUUUUUCUGCAAAAUCUGUUCAUGUAGAAACAAGAGCUUUCGUAAUUUGGUCUUAUGCCCCAUGCGCUUGUCUCCAUUCGUGAGUGGGAGACGGGCUUUGUUUUGUUUGGUAUUUAGUGGCUUUUGUCAUUGUUAGACGCGGAUAAGAGGGGGUUAUAUCCAAAACAGUGGUUUGUAUACAGUUUGGCGAGGGCUCUCGAGUAGAAAUGUCUUCGGCACGGGUGGUCUAUAUUGCACCAUGGUGGACGUUCUGGCUACACAAUUUCCCCCACAUCAACCUUCGGUUCCAGCCCGUUGACCAUGUCUUCAAACCAGAAGAAGAGAACUACCAGCAGUCUCUGAUCUUCCUGCUGUGUGUGGCAGCGGCGGGACUGGGCCUCACCCUGCUGCUCCUGGCCCUGUAUCUGAGCUGUCUGUGCUGCUGCCGGAAGGACCCCAGCGAGGAGAGCAAGAGACCCCAAACCUGCUGCGUCACCUGGGCCGCUGUCAUCGCCGGCCUCAUCAUCUGCUCUUCAGUGGGCGUGGGUUUCUAUGGAAACAGUGAGACUAAUGAUGGCGUGUACCAGCUGACUUACUCUCUCUACAAUGCCAAUCACACGUUACGCGGCAUCGACAGUGUGGUCACAGGCAUCCUGGGAAACAUGCAACACGACUUGAAGCAGCGCUUGGACCGCUUGGAUGAGAUCUUCUCCACGCACAAAGACUAUGUCAAAACCCUGCGAUACAUGCAGACGAUGGCCAACAGCAUCAUCCAACAGCUGAACGGCUUGCCAGAUGUGAACCGUGCCAAACUGGACCUGGCCUCCCUCGCUGACCAGACUGCCGCCAUGGAGUACUACAGGUGGCUCACUUACUUACUGUUACUGAUUCUGGACCUGGUCAUCUGCCUGGUGACUUGCCUGGGACUGGCCAAGCAGUCCCGCUGGCUCCUAACCACGAUUAUGGUUUUCGGGGUACUGACGUUAGUCCUGAGCUGGGCGUCGCUAGGCGCAGUAACUGCUGCAGCUGUGGGUAUCAGUGACUUCUGUGUGUCCCCAGACAAGUAUGUGAUGAACCGCACCAAGGGCCGCAUCAGCUCCGAUGUGGUGCAUUAUUAUCUGUACUGCCAGAGCCUACCAAACCCUUUUCAGCAGUCCAUGACGUUGUACCAGAGGUCCUUGACCACCAUGCAGAUCCAGGUCCAGGGCCUGCUGCAGUUUGCUGUGCCUCUCUUCCCCGCUGCAGAGAGGGACCUGCUUGGGAUCCAGCACCUCUUAAACUUGUCAGAGUCCAACCUGCACCAGCUGACUGCCCUGCUGGAGUGCAGGAGCCUCCACAAGGAUUACCUGGAUGCUCUGAUAGGUGUGUGCUAUGAUGGAGUGGAGGGCCUGCUCUACCUCUGCCUGUUCUCCCUGCUGGCAGCCUGUGCCUUCUGCACCAUGCUGUGUGCUAUUCCCCGAGCCUGGAAACACAUCAUCAACAAGGAUCGGGACUAUGACGAUAUCGACGAGGAAGACCCGUUUAACCCACAGGCCCGGCGCAUUUCGGUGCAUAACCCCACCCGUGCCAACGUACACAGCUUCUACAGUUUCAGCAGCAGCCUGGGCAGCCAGAACAGCCUGCAGCUGCCUCCACCCACCACCACCAGCGCACCCACAUCUGAGUACAUGAACCAGUCGGUGUUGUUUGGGGGGAACCCUCGGUACGAGAAUGUGCCCUUGAUCGGGAGAGGCUCCCCACCACCCUCGUACUCUCCCAGUAUGAGGGCCACCUACCUUUCUAUGACUGAGGGCCAAAGCAGACACUUUGGGACUGACUUCCAGGUCUAGCUGUCCUACAAGGAACUCUCUGCCUCGGUCCUAGAGGCCGCCCCAAAGCGCUACAGGCAUUGUCCUCACGGAGACUGCCUCCGAAAGACCUCCUUCCUGGUCUUUGAAGUGGGAGUGGAAUGGUUUUUCCUCAUAUAGCCAUGACCUGGAGCGUUUGAGAAGCACACAUGGCUUCCACCUUUUCCAGGACGAAUGUCCUUAAGGCCAUUUUGACUGACUUGCAAAUUAAACUUAUUUUCCCUCUUGGUCUUGGUUCAAUUCCCAAUAAUCCUGUUUUACCAUUUGUGGAAAUUCCUGAACCUGAAUUACUUCAGUAGAAAUCCAUCUAUAUAAAUGGAUAACAUGUAGAUAUGCAUGCUCUGUAAGUAUCCCAGGAUUGAGGGCAAAAUGUCAAAAAUAGUAAGACCAGUCUACAGCUGGAACACAUGAUUUGGGAAUAUAAAUUAUGAUGAACAAUGACAGGUUUCUGGGGGAAAAGAUAGUGUGACACACUCUUAAAUAAGAUCUGUCUCUUCCCCACAAGCUAAAAUGUAAUCAGCCAAAACAGCUUUAAAGCAAAAAAAAACAAAACAAAAACAAUUCCUUUCCACAAUGUGUAUGUUUUGAAUUGUGUAAAAUGCUUUUUUUAACUUUUUAUAUAUGUUGUGAGGCAAUGAUGUGAAUAAACAAAGGUCUCUCUGA